AAUAAUUUCCCUGUCCCUAUAUUAUAAAUUCCUAUAAAUCCCUAUUCUAUUCCCUUCGAAAAUAGAGGAACAAAAAAUUGUGUACGGUUCAGCAAAUUGAUUGCUUUUGCUUUGCUUUGUUUGUGGUUCGGCAUUGGAUAAUCUCUGUUUCGGGCGACGUUCAUUGGAUACUUUAAGACAAAUCAUUAAUUUUUUUGUAUAAAUUGAAUGAGAUUCUUUGUGUGAAUAUUGCUAUUUGAUGUAUGGUUUGAUUAUAUUUAAUUCAGAGUAUAUAAACUUUUGUCCUAUCAUCGUGAGUUGUAGUUUAUACAAUCAAUCCUGUUUACUAUCUCUGAAUAAUAUAAAUAAUAUCGAUUCAAUGUGGAUUCUUUAAAAAUUGAAAGAAACUACUCAAUUUUUACAUAAUUAUGUGAACAUUAUAUUAAGUCUGUGUAGUAUGGACCUUUAAUAUUUGUGCUGUGAUUUUGAAGACACAUUUGAAGAUUUGUUUUCAACAGAUUUCUAGUAUUGUUAUUUUUAGUUCCCAAACUGAGGUUAUGUAAUUUUUUUAAAAUAUUGCUAAGUUUUAAAAUGUCUACAUUAACUACAAAUGCCCCAUCAUCUGCUGAUGCUUGCUUAAGUAUUGUCCACAGUUUAAUGUGCCAUAGACAAGGAGGUGAGAGUGAGGGUUUUGCAAAGAGAGCAAUUGAAUCUUUAGUGAAGAAAUUAAAAGAAAAGAGAGAUGAACUGGAUUCUCUUAUAACUGCGAUAACUACAAGUGGAGCCCAUCCAAGUAAAUGUGUGACAAUUCAAAGAACUUUGGAUGGGAGGCUUCAAGUUGCUGGCCGAAAGGGUUUUCCUCAUGUCAUUUAUGCAAGAAUUUGGAGGUGGCCUGAUCUUCAUAAAAAUGAAUUAAAGCAUGUAAAAUACUGUCAGUUUGCAUUUGAUCUGAAGUGUGACUCAGUUUGUGUAAACCCUUACCACUAUGAACGAGUAGUUUCUCCAGGAAUAGACCUCUCCGGUCUUACUUUGCAAGCUGGAACACCUCGAAUGAAAGAUGAGUAUAGUGCUGGAUCAGUACCAAGCACUUCAAUGGAUGUAGAUGGAGAACUUGCAAUAGGAGUCGCGCAAACUAUUCAGCACCAUCCUUCGCAACAGAACUUUAAUUUAACCACUUUGCAGUCAACACCCAUUGUGGUAGGCGAUCCAGGAAUGUAUAGUUCUUCCCCAAAUAGGGGUGUAUUGGGGCCGACUGUUUCAAAAAUUGAGGGGGCACCUGAUGCUUGCACAAGGUCUAACUGGUUGCCCCACAUGCAUAUGCAUCGUCAUUCAAACCAAACUCAGGUAUCAGGAAGUGUUAUAAGUAAUCAGCAAAGUGGUAAUAACAGUGGAGCAAUACAUACAGCCCCUGUGCAUAAUAGUCCUGUCCAAUUUUAUGGCAAUUCUCAAGCACCAAGCAACUCUGAGAGACCUCAAGAAUCUAUCACUACCAGCCUAGGAAGUAAUUCGCCAGUAUCGCCACAUCUCCAACAAAAUGGUUUUAAUGGAACUAAUAAUUCAGUUCAAGCAAGCACUGUACCGGUGGGUCCACAACCAUCAACAACUAUAGCACAGGGCUACACAGGAGCCGGUGGUACAUGGACUGGUUCAAAUACUUUAACUUACACUCAGAAUAUGCAGCCUCCUGAUUCCCACAACCAUCACAAUACUUACUGGAAUCACAACUCAGGCAAUCAACUGGGCUCAGAUGUGUCAAUAGGACUGCUUUCAACACAACCAGCCCCAGAGUAUUGGUGCUCUGUAGCCUAUUUUGAGUUGGACACUCAAGUGGGAGAAACAUUCAAAGUUCCUUCUAAUUGUCCUAAUGUUACAAUUGAUGGUUACGUCGACCCUUCCGGGGGCAACAGGUUCUGUCUGGGCGCCCUAAGUAAUGUUCACAGGACCGAUCAGAGCGAAAGAGCAAGGCUACAUAUUGGUAAAGGGGUUCAGCUGGACCUAAGAGGUGAAGGCGAUGUUUGGUUGCGUUGCCUCAGCGAUCAUUCUGUCUUUGUUCAAAGCUAUUAUUUGGACAGAGAGGCGGGCAGACAACCAGGAGAUGCAGUUCAUAAAAUUUAUCCUGCAGCCUAUAUUAAAGUUUUCGAUUUAAGGCAGUGCCAUCAUCAAAUGACGACACAAGCACAGACGGCUCAAGCUGCAGCAGCCGCUCAAGCAGCCGCAGUUGCUGGCCAUAUUCCAGGACCGCAUUCAGUGGGUGGCAUUGCUCCAGCGAUAAGUUUGUCGGCAGCCACCGGGAUAGGCGUUGAUGAUCUACGUCGACUUUGUAUUUUAAGACUAAGCUUUGUAAAGGGCUGGGGUCCAGAUUAUCCUAAAUCGUCCAUCAAGGAAACUCCUUGCUGGAUAGAGGUCCAUUUGCAUAGAGCUCUCCAGUUACUUGACGAAGUAUUACAUACGAUGCCCAUUGAUGGACCCCGUGGUAUAGAAUAGGACGACUUUAUAUAAAAAGGCACAUCAAUCUGGUUUUCGUAUUUUUAAUUUGGGGCCAUGCUCAUAAUAAUACUUAUAAGUUAAAAUUAAACGGUUCUAUUCAAGAACUACCAGGUAACCACGCCCAAAAAAAGUUAUUUAUUAUUUUAAUAUAAUUUUGGAUAAUAAUAUUAAAAAGAUUAGUAUAUGUGCUCCGUGCCUGAUAUUUUGUGCCAUUUUACUCCUAAGCACCAAAAUUAAAAAAAAAUGAUGAAUUCUGUGAUAUAAAAUAGUUUUAAGACUUAUAACGUUAUUUAUAAUAAUUUAAGUAAGUAGUUGUAUCUUUGUUACGUUUUUAUAAUUUAAUUUGUUCAAAAGAAAAUAUUGGAGUGAAAUAUGACAAUUUUCCUUUAUUAUGUUUUUAAACACUAAAGUUUCAAAAAUCUAAAAUGGAAUUUAAAAUUUUUAUAAUUCAUUUAUAUAGGCUUUUUAAUGUAGCAUUAAAAAGGAAUGUCUUAGUGAAAUAACUGUAAAAUAAUGCUUGUAUAUGUGCGCGUGUGUUAUAAUUGUUCUUUUGAGUUUGUAUGAUUUUUAAUAAGAUUUCUAUUAAGCAAAUAUGCACAAGUGAAAAGAUUUUUAUAAGUAGAUAGGAUGUGUGAUAUUCAUAAAUGUUGUAAACGAUUGUAAUGUUUUUUCAUCACGAGAUAAGUAUUAUUUUAGGACCUAGACUUAUAUUUUCUAUUACUGUAUAUAAAAGUAAUUCAGAAAAAGUAUAAUUAUUUUAAAAUAAAAGUGUAUCAAACUA